CCGAUGAAGGCUGUGGAGUUUCCUGUAAAAAACGCUUCAUUAAACACAGAGUUUACUACAGACUAAAUGGAGAUUUAAUUUACACGCAUUUUUAUAGUUUUAAAUCUCUCGUUGGAUGGUUAUUUACUUGGUACGCUACAAAUAACUGGAUUUUAAACUGCCCGGCUCCUGUUGGUGGAGCUGAUUUUAUUUCCUCGGCAUGUCCCGUCCAUCCGAUCCGUUACCGAAAACACGCCAUGAAAGAAUGAAAGAUACGAAUCAAAAGAACAAAGAGAAGGAGCGGAUGAAGGCUCGGGAGAAAGAGACAAAAGAGCGUGAGGCGCGUUACAGCAAUGGUCACCUGUUCACUUCCCUCAGCGUGUCUGCUACCACACUUUGCUCUGCCUGCAACAAGAGCAUUACUGCAAAAGAGGCCCUCAGCUGUCCCACUUGCAAUGUGACUAUCCACAACCGUUGCAGGGACACACUGGCCAACUGUGCCAAAAUGAAGCAGAAGCAACAGAGGCUGGCGCUGGUCAGAAACGCAGCAACUUUGCCAAACGUGGCCCUCCGCACCAAAAACCCGAUAAUGAAGGAGAGGCCUAGUUCAGCAAUCUAUCCGUCAGAGACACUAAGACAGUCUCUACUUGGUUCCCGUAAAGGACGCUCCACCCUGUACCUCAACAAGAGCAUUUCCACAAAUAACUUAGCGGGGAGUCUGAACGAUGACUCUCCUCUCGGACUCCGGCGGAUUCUCUCUCACUCCACAGACUCUCUGAACUUUAGAAACAGAGCCAUGUCAAUGGAGUCCCUCUAUGAUGAAGGAGAGAUGUAUUACGCAUCAAUGCUGGAGGAGUUGAAGAAGGAUGGGAAAGAUUUUGAGGCAGACUCCUGGAGCCUAGCUGUGGACUCAUCUUAUCUGCAGUCUCAUCGCAAAGACGUCAUCAAAAGACAAGAUGUUAUAUAUGAGCUCAUUCAGACAGAGCUGAACCAUGUGCGGACGCUGCGGAUCAUGGAUGGGGUUUAUCGCAGAGGGAUGCUGGAGGAAGUGUUGUUAGAGAUGGGUGUUGUUCAUGCCAUUUUCCCCUGCUUGGACCAGCUGCUGUCUAUUCACUCACACUUCCUGAACCUCCUGCUAACACGAAAGAACCACAGCCUGGCACCUGGUAGCACCCGCAACUUCACCAUCCAACAACUGGGAGAUAUUCUGGUGGAGCAGUUUUCAGGUCAGAAUGCAGAGGAGAUGAGAAAGUGCUAUGUGGAAUUCUGCAGUCGACACCUUAAAGCUGUCAAGCUCUACAAGGAGCUGUUGGCCCGGGAAAAGAGGUUCCAACAAUUCAUACGGCGAGUGGGCAGGGGUUCUUUACUCCGUCGUCAUGGUGUUCAAGAGUGCAUUUUACUUGUCACUCAGCGUAUCACUAAAUACCCUGUGUUGAUCCAGCGCAUAUUAGACAACACUAAAGGUAGUGAAGAGGAGACUAAGUCUAUGGUUCACUCUUUGACUCUGAUCCGGGAGCUGCUGCGCUCUGUGGAUCAGCAGGUUCAGGAGUUGGAACGAGCACAACGGCUGCAGGAGAUCCAGUCCCGUAUGGACCCGCGGGCUCAGACAGGGGUUAAGGGUGGAGGCGUGUUUCGUGGAGGAGAGCUGCUCCGCCGCAGACUGGUUCACGAAGGAACAUUGCUGUGGAAAACUGCUCAGGGAUCCAGACUCAAAGAUGUGCAUGUUUUGUUAAUGACAGACAUCCUGGUGUUCAUGCAGGAGAAAGACCAGAAAUAUAUUUUUCCCUGUCUGGACAAACCAGCAGUGCUGUGCCUACAAAAUUUGAUUGUAAGAGAUAUAGCCAAUCAGGAGCGAGGAAUGUUCCUAAUCAGCCAUUCCACGCCUCCAGAGAUGUAUGAACUACAUGCCUCCUCCAAAGAUGUCAGAAACUCCUGGAUGAAGAUCAUUCAGCAGACAGUGAGCAAUUGUCCUUCAAGGGAUGAUUUUCCUCUGAUUGAGACUGAGGACAAAGCUUUGCUUCGCCGGCUUAGAGCUGAUAUCCAGCAGAAGGAUCGUGAAGUUUUAGAGCUGCUACAAGAGCGUGUGACACUCUUCUCUGAUCUAGCAGAGGUCACUGGAGGUCAAAAUGUUACCCUUCCUACAAACUCCAGAAAUGUAUUUCGAGCAGAUACGCCCUACGCUCCCCAGGCUGAAAGCUUAUUGAAUGAUGCCAUCUCUGAAGUGGACAGACUGAGUGAAGUGCUGUUGGAUUCCAACAAUGACCAUCGACAGUCCUGCAGGCUGAAUGGUGAACAGACAGAGACACCGUUGAUUUCGAAAACUACAGAUGGAGUGAAUUCAGUUAACGGGACUCGGGAUAUGAAGAAACAAUCACACAAGGACAGGAAUGGGAACCAACUACUAGACAAGACAUUAAAUGAGGAGGUGUGCCAAAGACUUGUAAACCUCAGCACUCAGCUGCAUGCUCUACAGGCUGCAGUGAUCAAACAGGACUCGUUCCUCGAACUAUACAUGCAGGAGGACUCAAAUCAUGCUACAUCAGCGCACACUAUAUCCCGGGACACACCGCCAGAAGGGGGCGGUCCAGUGGGUACACAGGAAGAUCUGGUACAGCUGCAGCGCAAAUACAACCUGUUACAGGAGGAAGUUAUACGACUGCGUGCCAACCAGGAAAAAAACAACAAAGCACAAAAUCAGCUAGAUAAACAAUUUCAAAAGCUGCGUGUUAAAGACACGACGGACGGCAGAGACACGCGUGACCUAUUGACCUCUAAGGAAACAGUAGAUCAGUUAGACAGGGUACAGGAGGGUGGAGAGACGGCCACAUCCCCCCGGGCUGACAGUCCCAGAGAUCUGCAGGAUAUCCCAGAGGAGAGUGAGUGUGGGACUGAAGUUCACAGUUAACAUCAAAUCAACCUGAAGACCUCUCCACUCAUUGACAAAUGAUGUAAAAUAAUGUUUAUGCUAUUACAUUUAAUAUGAAUGUAGCUUAGAACAGCUUUGUAUUUUUAGAUGAUUGUGUUUAAUUUAAAUGGUGUUGUAUUUUUUGAUGUUUGAUGAAAGAAUUGAAUACUUGAUUACAGGUAAAAGAAGUUUGUAAAUGCUUUGGCAUUACUUGGAUUUCUGCAUUGAUUACUCAUAAAAUGUGUUUUAAAGUUUCAAAGGCUUUUAUUGAAAAUGACAUUAGGUUUAUGCCAUGACCGUCGGAAGCAAAAAAUAGUAGAUGCCAUUUUCUUUUAUUCUGGUGCCUUUUGAUUAAACAAUUGCUUGUAUAGCCUACAAGUUUUGUUUAGUUUGUAGUGUAUCGUCCAGAUUUGAGGAAGCAGCAGCAAUGAAGUCAAGGUUGUAGUUAAAACGCAGAGUGGAGUUUAAUUUAUUAGGGCUUUCCUCUUUAGUGAAGUGGUUUUGACUGACGGCACGUGCACAGAUGUAUGCGCUAAAUUAGAGAAAAAGUGAGUGAGUCCAAUAUCAUUGGUCUUAAAAAGUGUGUGGGUCUUGUUCCACCCACAUAAUGGUUCUGAUGCCCAUGGUUUAUGUGUUGAAGACCAUUUUUCCCCAAGACCUCUGCAAUUCGCCCUGGUAUGCUGUCAAUCAAUUUCUAGGCCACAUCCUGACUGACAUCAGCCCAUUCUUGUAUAAUCAAUGCUUGUCAGAAUUUGAAUUCUUGAACAUCCUCAAGUAAAAAAUAAGAAUUUUCUUACAAAUAUUCUUAACUUUU